AUGCGUCGUUCCACCCGGUACAGAUUUCCAGAACGUCCAGCAGAUUUUCAAUGGCUGGAAAAUGGAAUAGCCUUGAAAGAAACAUUGCACACAAUCGAUCCCACUAUCUUGAAGUCUGGAUCUGAGGUCACCGAUCGCCAGUAUGCCCUUUUCAGGGCGUACUUCCCUCGCAUAAUGAAGCCCAAGAUCGAGUUUAAGGACUUCUUGAAGAAUGAACUGAAGCUGGAAAACGCUAAGGCGUUGGCGGUAAUGAUUCUAAGCGGUUGCAAGGCCUAUGCCAACAUGCUACAAGUUGUCGGAGCGGGAUUGAAGGACGUUGACAAUCUCGACCACCACUCCAUAGAUUCUCCGUACCACUGGAUCCCUUUUCUUCAAUUUCUGCAGGAUAUCGCCAUCACGAAGUUUCAGAAGAACAAAUUGGAAGAUCCUUCACACGACAGGAAAAGAGCUCUUUCGCCAUCAAGAAACGCUCAAGGGUCCAUGGCCUCAAAAAGACAAAGACCCUCAAUGACACAGUCUGAAAGCUCUGGUCAAGCAGCAGGGGCAAUCCCAAAUACCAUACCACAGAUGACGGUCAACGCUCAGGAAUACCCAAUUUGUGCUGAUGAGAGUAUUGUAAAUGCCGACUGCCUGUUGCUGCUGAAGGCUCUCGCGAGCAUGAUCAAGGACAAUCCAUCGAAAUGGGCGCUCAUGCGUCUAGAUUUUGAGGCGCGAUUCGACGAUAAACGAUCUUUCAAAGCGAUGACUGACGGGGUUUUAUACGCCCGCGAUGCCAUGGUCGCGCAGGCGAUCGUAGAGGUCAAACCGGAGAUCCGUGGCAAAAUCCUUAAAAAGCUCCAGAUGCAAGAAGCUGCCGAGAUAGUAGCAUGGUUCAAAAACUCCGAUGAACAUCUCCUACCAGACCUGAAUGGCUAUCGGUUCGCCCUUUCACUACAACGACAUCAAGCUCACCUCCUUUUCGCAAGGCCAGUAGGGGACUAUAGGGGCUACAUUAAUGGGACGAGUAAGGGUGGAUAUCUCUGCAUCCAAGUCUGCGGACCAUGGGACAUCACCGACAAGGAGAGCUUGAAGAAGCUCUGUGAGCUCCUUCUUGCUAUCAUGAUACAAGGAGCCCGUGCAGCAGGACUGAAUGUUUUUUAA